AUGGAAGUCACAGAAUGUUCACAAGACUUCAAACCCCAGGUUAUAUGGCAGAGAAAUAAGCAUCAAGUGACAGCUGGGUCUAUUCAACAGCAAUGGAAUACUUGAAGACUAUGACUGAGAGACUACUGAAAAUGAUAUUGAGAUGUGGCAAGAGCAAUCGAACUACUGGAAAAGCUACAAGAAUCAGGAGAAGUACCUGUGCACAAGCUACAGUCUCUCAAAAAGGUGCUUCAGAGUGAGUUUUGUACAGCAAUCCGAGAGGUGUAUCAAUACAUGCAUGAAACGAUUACUGUUAAUGGCUGCCCUGAAUUCCGUGCGAGGGCCACGGCAAAGGUAUUCUCGUGUGUACACUGUAAGAGAAUUUAGACCUCAGUGGCAGCCCAGAGUCUAGAACCAGUACUACUUACCAGGCAACAGUUGCAGCUUUUGCAGCCAGCGAAGGUCACUCCCACCCUCGGGUAGUCGAACUGCCAAAGACCGAUGAAGGCCUGGGUUUUAACGUGAUGGGAGGAAAGGAACAAAAUUCCCCAAUUUAUAUCUCCCGCAUCAUCCCAGGAGGGGUAGCUGAAAGACACGGAGGCCUCAAAAGAGGAGACCAGCUGCUGUCAGUGAAUGGAGUGAGUGUGGAAGGGGAGCAUCAUGAGAAAGCCGUGGAACUUCUCAAGGCUGCGAAGGACAGCGUGAAGCUAGUGGUCCGAUAUACCCCGAAAGUCCUGGAGGAGAUGGAGGCUCGCUUCGAAAAGCUUCGGACAGCUCGGCGUCGGCAGCAGCAGCAAUUGCUCAUUCAACAGCAGCAGCAGCAGCAGCAACAGCAGCCACAACAAAACCACAUGUCAUAGGCCCUGAAGAAAAGCUACCGGGUCAGUCAUCAGACAGUCACAAAUUUGGAAUUGUGCUCCAGAAUCCCAGCACAUAGGAAAAGGGAAAGGGCAACACCAAUAACCGCACCCAUCACAAAGCUGUGAACACCUGGUGUAUCCAUUCUUUACCAAGGCAAUUCAACAUCUUCCUCCUCUGGGCACCAGCCCCCUGUUCAUUGCUUUUUACCUACUCAGACCUUCCAUUCAUGGCAGUGGAAACUCUCGGUAUGUUGAGGGAGAGAACUUUCCAGUCUUCAGACUAAAGCGGUGUAAGAAUAAAGUCUGUGACUUUUGAACAAAUCACCAGAGGGCUAGGAUGAUGUGAAUCUUUAGUCUAAGGCUCUUCCAGAGAUUAGCAAACCCUUCAUUAGGCUAUAGUUCAAACUGCAUCAGUUCAAGGUUGUGGCCACUUGAAAGGAACCUGCACAUUGUCCCUUGCCCUCACCUGUUCCAUAGUCUAUAUUGCUGAGCUGUCAGGAUUGGAAUUGGAUUUAGUUACAAACUCAACCUCUGCUGUCCUCUUGAAAAUGGCAAGUUCUUAUCCUACGUAAUCUCUGCAGAACCUAGAAACAAUUGGCUCUCUAUUUUCUGUUUUUAUCAAUUUCUGGCUGUAUUAACAGAGUAGGAUAUUUUACCUGGACUUUUAAUUUUUAGAAACAAGGGUUGUAACUCAAUGUUGUCCUUUUUAAAAAUUUAAGCAUUGCCUAUAUCAAUUAUUUAUUUCAACAGAGUAUAAUGUACAUUUAUUCCACAAAAUACAUAAGAUUAGAGUACAUUUGUUCUAUAUUUACCAAAGGUUACUAUCCUGCUAAGAGAUUAUCUCCACUUUAUGAACUCAUCCUCACUUGAUAUAUAACCUGCCCUCCAUAUUUUCUUGUGAAAUUUUAUUUAUUUAUUUUUAUUCAUAAACUUUGGAGAAGUCUAAACCCAUCCUGCACACAUUGAUGUGCUUUCAUAGAUAUCUAUUUGAUAUUUUAAAUCUUGGAGAUUUAUAAAACUGAUUUAUAAAAGGUACACAUAGAUAUAUAUCCAAGGGGAUGUAUCACACAAAGUUUCCAUCAGUUUCCCUAAAUGCAAACUGCAUAUUUUUGACAGUCUAAUAUCAAAGGUAUUGGCCCUCUUACAUCGAGGUAUGUGGAACUCAGCGAUACUAGUAUUGUGAAUGAUAGACAUUGCUUCCUCCAAAGGCAAAUGUGUUUCAUUUUGCAUAUUUCCAUUUGCAAAUAUGUAAUCAGAUUUUUCAGCUUUCACAAAGCGCUAUUAGUGCUUCCUGUACACACGAUACUUUUUAAUUUAGGGCAAAUCUGGGCUCCUAAUCUGGUUUUUCCAUAAUGUAAAGGAAGGAAGCUAUAACUAUCUGGGCACUUAAACACCUUAAGCACAAAAAUGUACAUGCACACACACACACACACACACACACAAAAAAAAAAAAAAACAAGAUUAACUGCCAAGUUAAACCAUUGAAAUAGAGCCAGGUAUUUUAACAUGUCCGUUUUUUUCAAAUGCAGAAAAUGGUCUGUCCCCCUCCAAAGAUACAACAAACUUGAUAUUUCAGAUAGUCCUCCAGCAUAGAAAUUUGUGAAGCUUGGUUUGCAGGCUGUCUUCUUGAAACUAAACAAAACCAAUUAGAUUUUCCCAGCACGUUUUAUUUCACGCCGUUGGGUGGUACUACUGUCAAUAGCAAUUUCUUCCUGCUCUAGAUAGUGCAUCACCCACCAGGUGACAAAGAGUGAGAAACCCGAGAGCUACACCAAUUUAUUUCAACACUAUCCUGUUGUGGUAACAGGUUCCCAUCCUGGAAAACAUCAUUUUUUACUAGAGAGAGGUUGGGGGAGGGGUCAGCAAGGACCCACAACGUUAUAUAAAAUAGGUCAAUAAAAGGGACAAGCAUGGCAAAAAAGAACUAAGUGGAGACUAUAUGAAUAUUAUUCAGUUUGAAAGAUAGUUCUCAUUUUUAUAAGAAAAAAUGUAAUAAACAUAUAUUUUAGUUAUCAUUUAACAAAGAAAUAUUAAAGCUAUUCAGGAGAUGCCACAAAUUCUCAUAAAAGGAAACCAUCUCACCCUUAUAAUGAGAAAAUGGUCAUUUCAACGAGUUUCAGUACAUUGUAUAAAUUUGGAGCUUAAGAUGAGUACGUUUUCCCUUAGCUGUUAUGUGUUUAGUGAAUAUCGAAGUUAAUAUAUGAUUUCACAUCAAUACAAGUAUUGUCAGAAGCAACUCUGAAAUCACCAGAUACUUUACACUGGUGUUUUCUAGAAGUCUUUGUAUUUUAUGCUUCAUUUGCACAAUGUGUAGUGCUGAUAAAUGUAUGCCAAGUUGUUUGUUGAAAUGAAGCAAUUCAUCAUACCUACAGAAGCCAAGGAUAGGUUAUGCAUCUUAGUGGUCUUACAUACAAAUGACUGGUUCACUUCAGCGACGUUUACCUUGUUGAAAUGUAAGCAUUUCCCUAAAAUUGUAAUCAAAGGGACACCCUUGAAGACUUAGCAUGUCACUGAUGAGUCUCUGAAGUUUCCCUGAAGCAAGAUGGAAAAGGAAAAACAAAUCCACCACAAUUUGUCCUGAGCUUCUUUAUUCCUAAGAAUCCCACAUAGAGCCACGGACAUGGCUGAUGUCAUUCAUUUUUUUUUUAAAGGCAUAAUAGACUACUCUUCCAUUCAAUUCAAUAUAAAUAUAAUAAACCGGUUGUUAAAAGUUAGGGAGAGAUGGUUGUGACUUCUCAGCAGGGGCCUGAUGAAGCGAAUCUCAGUUCUCUCCCUUGGUCAAGAUGGUAGGCAGUGCAUCAAAUCUCUUUUGCGCUUUUUUCCCUGCCGCAAUUUCUGAAGCAAGCACAGAAGGUAAAAGAAUCCCUGAACGUUUUCAUUGGAGCAUUUACAUUUUGAUUCUGUCACCAUUUGCAACGGGAACAUCUGCAGGGAGAUAAUGAGCCUAAAUUACAAUCGACUUCAGAAGAAUAACAGACUUUUGUGUUCCUCAAUCAUGUAAUCAAUAGGGAACUCUCUAGCGGUGAGAGUCAUCCCUAUCUUUUAAGACAAUGCAAGAUCUAAAUGAAAACUCUAGCAUUCAGGGGCUUGUUAAGAAUUGGAGCUUAUCUCGAAAGAACUUAGAGACGAAUUACACCCAUUUACAAAUGCGGUUCCCAAACAUGACAUCAAGUUGAUCUUAUUUCUUUUUACGCAGAUGCACAUUCAGGGCUCCAAAUGUGGUACAUUGCUUUCAACAUCUAUGACUAUCUGUGGGUUUGUGAAUGAGUGCCUGGAUUUUUCACCUUUUAGUGGGGCUUUGCUUAUAAGCACUCAUAGCCUAUAUUUAAGAGUAGCUUCAGACAAAAUUAUGACAUAAAUAUAAAUCAUUCUCUGAGGAUUCAAGGAGCCCUACAAGGAAGACCUUCCCCACCAUCCUGUCCUUCUUUAGAUCCCAAACUCCAAAUGACCAAGGGAUGCGAUUACAUUCCUGGGGAUGGGCUGGCAUACUGUGGGGUACUCAAUGAAUAUUUGUUGAAUAAAUGAAUGAUUGAAGAGGGGGAUAAAUGUAUUGAUUUUGACUUCUGACUGACAUACCUUAUUAAUUGGCACUAGAAUUUCACAUGUCAUAGAAGAGCCAGGAUUUUCUCUAAGACAUGAUGUGGAAUCAAAUUACAUGAAAUAUCUCAAAGAUUUAAGGACCUUUACAUCAGGGGCAAUGCUUGGGAAUUCAGGUAUACAUAUAUAUUUCCAUGUAUUUAGUUAUUUAAAUUCCUGUGUUGCUGGUGCAUGCUAGAUUCUGGAAAUGCAGUAUGAAACAAGUCAAAUGUAAUGCCAUCCUAAGGUGUAGUCCUUAGUGCUUAUUCUGGCUACACUCUUUUAUCACCCACCUCCUGGGAACCAUGAAAUAUUUCCUGCAUAACUUAUGUGAGCUUGCUAAUUUCUGAACAUACCACUCAAAUAUGCCACAUAGUUUAGCCAUAAAGCAACGUUACAACCCAGUGACGUAGGCAAUUGUAACAGUCUUAACAAUUGCAUCAGUUCCUACCAGGUUGCAGCUUCUGUACUGAAUGCUUUCACAAACUCCUCCCCUCAACAGCUCUACUUACUAGGCUCUAUUUACACACAGGAAUAGGAAAGCAAAGAUUUCAUGACUUUUCCAAGGUCAUCUGAUUAGCUGGUGGAGUUGGGGCUUGAACCUAUGAAGUCCAACAAAAUAGUUCAUAUGCCUAACCAUGAUAUAUGGGCUUGGGGAGCACUAUUACAUUUCAAUGGAUGAGUCGUUGUAUAUAGAAAUACCUUGAAUUUGUAAAGUAGUAAAAGAUAUUAGUAAAUUAUAACUCAUGAUAGUCAACAAAUCACAUCAGAAACACAAAACAGGGUUAGAACUGAAUCUUACUUUAUAGCAUACUCUCAUGAACAGUGCUUCAAGCCAGGGACAUGCAUACAAGUUCAGAUCUGGAAAAUUUCUAUUUGUGAAAAUGUUUCAAUGACUUCAGAAUUAUUUAUUGUCAGCCACUGUGUCUAUCUGGUGCUACAAAAACUGAAAGAACAAAAACCCCUGCUCUAAGGGCUUAUAAAUACACAGUGUAGAGAUGAACCAAGGAUAUUUCAUAUGUAUAGGGAAGGAUUGGCCAAUUGUACCAUUUUUUUUUCACCAUUGCAUGUACAUCGUGUCUUUCCAAUUGUUUUCAUUGUUUUUAUGAAAGAGCUGCAAAAUUGUGCAGUGGUUAAACCUGACCAAAGUGGUAUUAUGCUGCUGGGAAGUAAACGUAUUAGAAACCAGA